AUGGAAGAGGGAAGGAAAAGAAAAGCAAGAGAUCAAUUGUCGCCAUACUCAAACCCUGGAGAAGAGAGUGAUCAUCACAGCCCGGCUGUAGAAUCUUCUCCGUUGCCAAACAGGAAGAGGGCUAAGGCAAGGGUUGGAGAUUUAUCAACGAUUGCAAACUCUGAGACACUGAAGGGGGUGCUAAGCUCUGUGAAUAUUCUUCAGCCCAAGGUAAAGAAUGAUAGAAUAAGUGGAUUGAACAAAUGCUUUCUUAAUGCUGUGCAGAAGGUGGUGGAGAAGGAGUCGAACAAAAGUCUCUUGUAUUUAUUUAAGCAAUAUGAGAAGUAUUAUGAGGAGCUUAAGGAGUCCAACAGCUAA